AUGGGCUCCACUGAAACCAUUACGCGGACUUCACAAAUCGGUCUGUCGGACGAACAUGUCGGCAUACUUGGCGACGCGGCUGUGGACAGCGCCUCAAUCCUGGAAGCCAACCGGCUUCUACAGAAAAACCAUGAUGAAUGGCACAUGUUCUUUCGCGACCGAGCGGGUCACAAUCAUAUUGCGCACUCCAUUCUGACUUGCCUGGCGCUCGGUGCCCGGCCGGAGGAGAUCCAGCGCGCCUACGACGACGGGGUCGGCAUCCAGCGCCCCAUCCCGGAGGUCGACAGCGCGACCGUUGAGCGCCUCGCCGACGAGGCAUUCUUCUACGAAGCGCUGGGCACAAUCACGCAGUAUCAUUCGUUCCUGGUGUUCUUUCAGCAGCAGAUGGACACGCACGGGUGGCAGGUAGUUGUGAAUAAAUAUGUCUUCUCGCGCAGCCGCAUCGCCGAGCAAAUGCUGGCGCGACUUUAUGAGGGCGCCUACCAUCCGAUCAUCCACCUCGGGCUGGGGAUUGAGUUUCAGCAGCCUAGCAUCAUCGCCGAGGCACUGGCACAGGCUGCCGCCCACGAUGAUAGCCACAUCAGCCAGCUGUUCGAGGCGUGCGAGGCGCAAGCCGCCAUCGCCUACCCGCCCCAACACCCAAAGCCUCUCAUACAGCUGUUGCGUGAGGCCCGCGCCAACGAGACAAUCCGCACAGCCCCGCGCUGGGAAGACUUUGGAAACAAGAUGCGCGACGGCGUCGUCGGUCGUGCCAAUCUUGAAAUGGCAUUCAUCGGCUCGCAGUUCAUCAUCAAGCCGGAGGAACUCGAGCUGCAGCGCCGCACCGCCGAGAUGAUCAGUGUGUGCGCAUACAUGGCCGGUGCCAGCCAGCGGCCGGGACGCAAGCGCAAAAUUGAUUUUUUCUACAUGCACACACUCACCAGUUCCAUUUUUUUCAGUGUUCUCAUCCGGCAGGACUGGAUCAAGCUCGAGGACCGGGUGAGGCUGGUCGAAUGGAAGGGCCGGCUGGAUCUGGCCUGGUACGUGGUGAGCGGGUCGGCCGAAUUGUACGAGGACGCGAUCAGGGACUACCACGAUGACUUUAGUGCCAAUAUGGGAUGGAACGAGCUGUAUGCCGCCGUCAAUAAGGAGCACGAUGAUGGGCAUGUGGCGAAGAUGAUUCGUGCGCUGAAGAACGGACAGGAGGCUGCGCGCCCGUUUGAGCUGGAGUUCCCUGAUGCGUUUCCUACCAAGGGAGAUAUGUGGCUCAAGAUUGCGCGCAUGGCGCUGGAUACGACAAAAAGACUGGCCGACAGACCAGAAGUUUGUAAAUUUCACGGGCUUUGA